AUGGAUACCUACGCUCUCAUUUUGCUCUAUAAAAAAUCGGCUGACAACUCAUUUGAUGAUGCUCAAAUUCGUUUAAGUACAGUUUUCGAACGACUGGCGAGCUUCGAUGAUCGGCAAUGUUGUUUCGAUUAUAUUGAAUCUUCCAUUGAUAUUAGCACACCCAUAUUUCUGAUUUUAUUCAAUCAGAAGAAUGCACAGAUUUCGGUAACCACGAGAAAGAUCAGGACAAUCUAUCGCAUGCACUCAGAAACUCUGUCACCGCCAUCAUCAUUACAGCAACACUUUUACAAUGUCGAACAAGUAAUAAUAUCUCUACGUCGAGAUAUUCGUGCAUUGAUCGAUGAUUUGCCUUUCAGCAUAAUUCAAAAUUCUGUUCGACAACUAGAUCCUAUGCGUGCAUCAUAUACAUCCCUCAUGGGAUUUAUGGAUGUUUUCAUCAGUCUGACACGUAAUGACGAUCGAAAAAUAUCGCAACGGGAUUUCUUGGCCAGUUGUCGUGCUGCCUAUAUAGGCUCGUCAGUACAAUUACGGGCGAUCGAUCAAUUUGCUCAAGAAUAUCAAUCAUUUGGACAAGCCAUUGGAUGGUAUACACGUGAUUCAUUUGUCUAUCAUCUAGUGAAUCAAGCAUUGCGUUCACAGAAUCCUGAUAUAAUUCACAAAUAUCGCUUUUUUAUCCAUUGUUGA